CGCGGGGGGGGUAGCGGGGGGGGGGGCAGCGGCGCUGCCGGGGCGGCACCGACGGGCGGUUCCCAGCUGGGCCCGGUCCGGCCCGGUCCGACCCGGCUCGGCCCGCCCCUCCCCGCCCCUCGCGGGCGGCCCCACGGCGGGCGGCACCGCCCGAGCCCGAGCCCGAGCCCGAGCCGGAGCCGGAGCCGGAGCCGGAGCCGGAGCCGCGCCGGAGCGAGGCUCCCGUUUCCGCAGCCAUGGCGGCGAUCCGCAAGAAGCUGGUGAUCGUGGGCGACGGCGCCUGCGGGAAGACCUGCCUGCUGAUCGUCUUCAGCAAGGACCAGUUCCCCGAGGUCUACGUGCCCACGGUGUUCGAGAACUACAUUGCUGACAUCGAGGUCGACGGAAAGCAGGUGGAGCUGGCCCUCUGGGACACGGCGGGCCAGGAGGACUACGACCGGCUGCGGCCCCUCUCGUACCCGGACACGGACGUUAUCCUCAUGUGCUUCUCCAUCGACAGCCCGGACAGCCUAGAGAACAUCCCCGAGAAGUGGACCCCCGAAGUGAAGCACUUCUGCCCCAACGUGCCCAUCAUCCUCGUCGGCAACAAGAAGGACCUGCGGAACGACGAGCACACGCGGCGGGAGCUCGCCAAGAUGAAGCAGGAGCCCGUGAAGCCGGAGGAGGGGAGGGACAUGGCCAACAGGAUCAACGCCUUCGGCUACCUGGAGUGCUCGGCCAAGACCAAGGAGGGCGUGCGGGAGGUCUUCGAGAUGGCCACGCGCGCCGGCUUGCAAGUGCGGAAGAACAAGAAGCGCAGGGGCUGCCCGCUGCUGUGAGCGCCCCGGCGAGGCGGGGGCCGCCCCGGCCCACGUCCCCCCCCCGUCCCCCUCCCGCGGCGUUGGUGGGGGGGCCGCCGGCAGGCAGGUCUCAGCCGCCCCUCGGCCGGCGCGGCGCAGCGUGGUGCAUCAUGGCCCCGGCGGGCUCCCCGUGCCGGCCGUCGGCGCAGGCUCGCCGGGCAGCUCCGGUCCCCGUCCGCGGGCAGAGCCGUGCGGAGCUGCCCCCAUGCAAGCCCUGCCGCUGCCCGGCCGCUCGGCUCCCCGGACCCGCGCCGGUGCCGGCGCCUCCUCCCAGCCCCCGAGCAGCGUCAGGCCUCGCUCGUCUUUACGGUUGAACUGACUGUGGACUCAGCACCAGUAAAUCACACCGUGUAACGGGGAGAAUAAAUGCAAAGCGGUAUUUUAGUAACGGCAA